CGGCUCAGUGAGCUUUUACAGAGCUGUAACCCCGGAUCAACUGACACACCAAGUAUGGGGCAAAACGAAUCUACGAUGGGGAACGCUCUAAGCUACGGGAGACCUGACCCACAGGAAGUUGUUGACCGGAAGCAUCCCGCUAAAGUGCAAUUACAGAAACAGCGCCAUCGUCUCGUGAGCGAACGGUUGCACGAGAUCGAGCGAUUAGAAGAUCUUCAAAAUGGCGUCGGGUCAAAUGGGUCGACUGAUGGAGUAGACGGAAAAGGUGUCUCUACAGGGAAACGAAACAACACGACGGCUGUGAACAAGAGACGACAGUACCAUGAAAUGCCAUCAAUCCUGAACGACUUGGAAGUAACAGCGAUGAAGGUUGACGUUGCAGAUUAUGAAUAUCCUUUUGAGAACUUGGUUUUCGAGGGAGGUGGCAACAAGGGUUUGGCAUACUGUGGUGUCGUGCGGGUCCUAGAGGAGAUAGGGGCCUUCCCGAAGGUCAAACGCCUAGCUGGUGCUAGCGCUGGCGCCAUGACAGCGGCUCUACUCGCCGUCGGCUACAACUCGUAUGAAAUAGAAGAGUUCCUGUGUCAAGACUUGUCGCACUAUUUUCUAG